AAUAAGUGCGAUUCCGUUUCUCAAUAGUAAAAUUUACUUUUUUCAUAGAGAAUGAAGGCAAUUAGGUGUCCUACUGAUGAACUUAGCAUUACAAAUUGUGCUAUAAUCAAUCCAGAUGAUUUCCCAGAUGAUGUCAGCGGGCCUUUGUUCCACCAACGAUAUCAUAAACUCCGCAUUUAUUUUCGCCAUUUUCAACGAUUCAUACGCACUCUCCUCUAUGACUCUUCUAUAAGUACGAUAAAGAAAAUGUAUCGGCCGAUUCGUUUUUAUUGCCGAAUCACUUCAUAUAUCGACAAAACCAAAUGUCGAAUGCGACCGAAUCGGUGAUUUCAUCGUAUACACGGAUAUGAAACAUACGCACAUUGAAGUUACCACUGCACCAAAUCAUCACUUUGUAUUUACUAUAAAACGACAUCAUGAAGUACCCAGAGGAACUGUUGGAUUUAGUUUGCUUCAGAGGAAAUGGGCCACUCUUUCCCUUAAUCAGGAAAUUGAAGUUCGACCAUAUCAUUUUAAUCCUACCUCCAGUACAGAAUGUUUAUGCACUAUUGUAUUAGAAGCAGACUUUUUGCAAAAAAAAUCGACUACUUUGGAACCAUACAAUACGGAUGAAAUGGCUAAAGAUUUUCUGUUACAAUUUUCGGGGCAGGCAUUCACCGUGGGUCAACAACUGGUGUUUCAGUUCAAGGAUAAAAGAAUGCUUGGCCUCGUAGUUAAAAGUUUGGAAGCUGCUGAUAUAUCUGCUAUAAGUUCUGGACAAAAUACAGUAUCUAAAAAAACUCAAAUGGGACGUUGUUUGGGCGAUACUGUUAUACAGUUUGAAAAGGCAGAAAAUUCAAAUGUAAACCUUAUUGGCAAAGCAAAGGGGAAAGUUAUUCGCCAAUCAAUUAUCAAUCCAGAUUGGGACUUUCAAAAAAUGGGAAUUGGUGGACUGGAUAAUGAAUUCAGUGCUAUUUUCCGAAGAGCAUUCGCGUCACGAGUUUUUCCGCCAGAAAUUGUUACUCAACUGGGUUGUAAGCAUGUAAAAGGGAUUUUACUUUAUGGUCCACCAGGUACCGGUAAAACGUUAAUGGCAAGGCAGAUAGGAACUAUGUUAAAUGCUAGAGAACCCAAAAUCGUCAAUGGCCCUCAGAUUUUGGAUAAAUAUGUUGGAGAAAGUGAAGCUAAUGUUAGACGAUUAUUUGCUGAUGCUGAAGAAGAGGAGAAGAGGCUUGGACCAAAUAGUGGAUUACAUAUAAUUAUUUUUGAUGAAAUUGAUGCUAUUUGCAAAUCUCGAGGGAGUGUUGCUGGAAAUACAGGAGUUCAUGAUACUGUCGUAAAUCAGUUGCUUGCAAAAAUAGAUGGUGUGGAGCAGUUAAAUAAUAUUCUUGUUAUUGGUAUGACUAACAGACGAGAUAUGAUUGAUGAAGCUUUACUACGACCUGGUAGAUUAGAGGUACAAAUGGAAAUCAGCUUGCCUGAUGAACAUGGAAGAUUCCAAAUACUUAAUAUUCACACAUCUAGAAUGAAAGAUUAUAAGAAGAUAUCACCAGAUGUUGAUUUAAGAGAACUAGCCACAUUAACUAAAAAUUUCAGUGGUGCAGAAUUAGAAGGUCUAGUUAGAGCUGCACAAAGUACUGCUAUGAAUAGAUUAAUUAAAGCUUCUAGUAAGGUAGAAGUAGAUCCUGCUGCAAUGGAAAAACUUAUGGUUUCCAGAACUGAUUUUCUUCAUGCUUUGGAACAUGACGUUAAACCUGCAUUUGGCACAAGUGCAGAAAAAUUAGAUCAUCUUCUUAUACGUGGUAUUAUUAACUGGGGCAAACCAGUGGCAGAGAUUUUGUCUGAUGGCAAUUUAUAUAUUCAAGAGGCACGCUCUGCCGAAGGUUCUGGUCUUGUGUCAGUUUUGUUAGAAGGACCUCCAAAUAGUGGAAAAACAGCACUUGCUGCUCAAAUAGCUAAAAAUUCCGAUUUUCCGUUUGUCAAAGUAUGUACACCAGAAGAUAUGGUUGGUUUUACAGAAUCUGCAAAAUGUCUUUUAAUUCGAAAGAUAUUCGACGAUGCUUACCGUUCACAACUCAGUUGUAUUCUAGUUGAUAAUAUUGAGCGUUUGUUAGAUUAUGGUUCUAUUGGUCCACGAUAUUCUAACUUGACUUUACAAGCGCUGUUAGUUUUACUGAAGAAACAACCACCGCGUGGUCGUAAAUUAUUAGUACUUUGUACUACAAGCCGCAGACAAGUUUUAGAGGACAUGGAAAUGUUAUCAGCAUUUAGUACAACUCUUCAUGUACCUAAUUUAUCAACUCCUGACCAUCUCUUAAGCGUUUUAGAAGAAAUGGAUCUAUUUAAUAAAAAAGAAAUUGUACAUUUACAUGCCAAACUUCAAGGAAAACGGGUAUUUAUUGGUAUAAAGAAGUUGCUAUGCUUAAUAGACAUGGCACGUCAAGUGGAACCAAAAUAUAGAGUUCCAAAAUUCUUAUCAAAAUUAGAAGAAGAAGGUGGAUUGGAGUAAUAAGUAUCUAAAGCUGUAAUUAUUUGUGUAGAAAUGAAUUAGAUGUGAUUUACGGAUUAAUAUAUAAUACGUACGUAACAAAGAAAUUUGCAUUUAUAUACAUACGAAAUCUAUAUUACUUGAAAAAAUCAAGUAUAAUUACGUGAGGUAUAUAUGUAUAUGUCUUAGGAAUACUUAUGUAAAGCAUUUUAAUUGUUUAUAAAUAUUCAGGUACUUUCUACUAUACUUUUAAUAGAAAUUGUAUUUUCUAUUAUCUUUUUAAACGAUUCUGCCAAACAUACAGUAUUCAUAAUUUUAGAAUUAUAUAAUUUUUAUGUACCUCUUUGAUAAUAAUUUGUUUUAAAGCAAUUUCACUAAUUUAAAAAAAUGUAAAAUAUAAAAUGUAAAAAGACAAAGAUAUAAUAGUUAAAAGAAUGAAAUUUUUUGUUAGAUGGUAAUAAUAUUAAAUGUUCGCAAUACAUUAUUAUAUAAAUUUUUAAUUAUUGAUCUUUUGUGUGAACUUUGAAAGUUUAUGCUACACUAGUUAUAUAUGAAACUAUAUGUCAUAACUAUGUAGAAAUGAAAUUUACACAUAUCUUUACAAAAGAUAGAGAGAAAUGCUUCCCUUAGUUUUAAUGUUAUCAUAUUCUACCAUAAAAUGAGUUUAUUCCAUAUUAGUGCUACGUUUUUUAAACAAUUUUUAUAAUAAGAAGUGUAAUUGUUUAUUAGCAACGUUUAUUACAUGUAUUAUAAACAUAUAUUUUUAUGCCUCCAUUUAUAGGUAAUGUAUGUAUAUCCAUACAAUAAUCUAAUGUGUACUUAUCACUACAUCACAGUUUGCUGUAGUUCUAGUUGUAAAUGUAUGCAUAUGUUUUAGUAUUGAUAUUUAGUAGCAUCUACAGAUUAAUGCCUCUUUAAGGUGACUAAAUAAAACCAUUCCAAAAAAUA